AUGUCGUCCCUUCGGAGCAUCAUUUCCCCGCAAUCUCAACGCGCUUCCAGGGAACGUGCACUGCCUCCACUACCCGCGGGAGCACGACUCCUCGAGCUCGACGACCUUAUGCGGCCGAUAAUCCGGAUGAUUUGGGUCUCUGGCGGAAUGCGUGAGGUGGUACGCAUAGCACCCACGUGCAAGGCGCUCUCCGAGACGUCGUUAGACCUCAUAUGGGAGCACAUGACGACCUUGGUGCCUCUCUUUCAAUUGCUUCCAUCUAAUAUGUGGGAACUUCUAGAUAAACAGUCAGGGCUUCAUUACUCGAGAACCCCUCGAAAGAUAAUGGGCGCCGGAGGAGAGUACAUGCAGAAUCCAAUCAAUUCACUGCGGUUGGACAAGAAAAAGGGGGUGCCUUUGUGGUGGCAGCUAGAGUUUCGGUGGACUAGUCCCUUUGCCAGCGACGUGAAACUAUCCGGUGGAAAAGCCUCCGCGCGUGCUCUACACCGUUUCUCCUUUUAUGCCCAACGUAUCAAGCAUCUUUCUUGGUACAACACCUGGGAUGUAGAUUCUUCUGUCCUUCAGGAUGUCUUUCAAGCAUGGGGCCCACCGACUAAGUCUUUCCCGAAUUUGCAAACAUUGCAGUGGAAUGAGGCAGAAAGCGAUAGCGUUUCCCAGUUCCUAGGGCCACAGUCACGCUUUCGCAAUCUCAAGCUUAUCAACGUUACCCCGCAGGAAUCGGAUGGAGUAGCACCGGUCAUUGCAAAACUUCUACAAAGCACAGGUUGCCUCUACCACUUAUCUUGUCGCCUUAGUGUUCUCUCAGCGGACGCCAUCCGCUCUCUUGCAUGCGGAGAGGUGUUGACGGAAGCACACUUCUGCGCGCACGCUGCGGACCUUCAAGUCAUGCGAAAAGACCCCGUCGAGAACUUGUUCCCAAAAUUGAGGUAUCUCCACCUAGAUGUGGACCAGCUUGAGGAGGGAACUCUGGCACUUUUUCAGGAAAUCCACUCGACGUACUUGACAGAAGUCGUGUUGAACACAGAACGAUGCCCCACCGCAGACGCCGUCAGGACACACUUGGAGGAGCUCGCCAAGGCACCUGUGCAGUCGGCGUUGGUGAUGCUGGAACUGACUUUUACUUGCAACCCCGCAAUAAAGCAAUGGGAGGCCACAUCGCCAUCCCCACUCAAGAUCACUGCGCGCGAGCUGAAACCGCUUCUGGGGAUGCGCUCACUCACGCACUUCAAGAUUCGUGCGGAGCAUCUUGCUCUACACGAUGCAUUGUUCCUCGAGUCCCUCGCCCAAGCACUCCCAGCUAUCGAGACACUUCACCUCAUGCACAAUACUUCUAACAGUCUCGUCUCGCUGUAUGACCUCCGCUUCUUCGCCAAACACUGCCCAUCUCUUCGUGAUUUAGGCUUUGACAUUGAUGCGCGCAGAGAGGUGACUCCGACUCUACCUGUUUUUCUGUGGAGCGGCACUGCUAGAACGUUGUGCGUCGGCAAGGGGAACAUCAAUGAUCCAGAAUUCGUGGUGCGUUAUUUAUUAGAAUUGUUCCCGAGCUUGGAAGUAGUUUCCCAUGCUGGGAAUCUGCCCAAGCAUGAAGUUGCUCUGUGGGGAGAAGCUUCAGAGAGGUUAGCUGUGUCACGAACAUAG